ACUGUUACAAUCACUCUUCCACACUAUCUCAUUUUUUGUCAUUUCCCUAAUGGAGUUGAUCCUGACCUAAUUUUUAAGUUUUUUGUACAGACAAUAUCAUCUUGUCCGAACUUCAAAUGCCCAGCUGCUUUCUGACACUGUGAAAGAAAAGUGCACACUCUGAAAACCUACUUAUGUCAGAGAGAUAUUGUUCUUAACUGUACUUUCCAGAUUCAAGUGUCACCGUUUUCAUUGCAGCAGUGGAGACAGAACAGCCAUCAGACAGAAAUAUUUCCUCUCAGCAAAGGAAGGUGCCUGCAGCUUGCACAGCUCUGACCAUUCAUUCAAGAUAUACUGGCAUAAAUGAACAAUUCAACAUGUUUUCUUCAGCCAUCGUCAGCUACCACUGUAGCUCUACCUGUCAUCUACUCCUGCCUAUUCCCUGCUGGAAGCUUUGGAAACAUUCUUGCUGCCUGGAUAUUUUUAAGGAAAGCACCUACAAGGAGAACACAACACAUUUACCUGGCAAACCUCGUGACUGCAAAUCUGUUUGUAUGCAGCACAAUGCCCUUCCUGGCUGCCUACUUUGCAGGAGGGAAGCGCUGGAGCUACGAGUCCUUGGAAUGCCGGAUAGCACAUCACCUCGGGACGCUGGUCAUGCACGUCUGCAUGUAUGUGACCAUCAUCAUCCUGUGCUCAAUUGCUCUGAGCCAGUAUGCAACGCUGAGGAAGAACUGUGACACACAGUACUCCCAAGCAGUUAAUGAAAACUUCUCCAGAUGUUUGCUUCAAGCGUUUCGUCAGCCAAAAUUUGCUAAAUAUUUGUGCAUCGGUAUAUGGCUUACUGUGCUCUGCAUAACAGUAACAGCUAUAACAUAUGAUGUCCAGGCAAGGGCUCUGGAAUACUUUCCCAGCUGCUACAACAUCCAGGUAGAAGCUAGUGAAUUUACUGCAAUGAUUGCAGGUUCUGUUGCCACUGCAUGUUUUUUUGUGUCUUUUAUGACAGUUCUGCGGUCGUACUAUUCUCUUACCAGACAUCUGAGUAACAUACAAAAAAAUAGCUGUAUUGGAGAAAAACAUCUAAUUUACAGUAAAGUGAAAAGAAACAUUCUUGUCAUCCAGAUGAUAUUAACUGUCUGCUUUCUUCCGUAUCAUAUUUUUAGGCCUCUUUUUUACAUACUGCUUAGACAUAAUGACUGCCCAAGGUUAAACUACUUAGUGGAAAUUAAAAAUUUCCUUACUUGCCUUGCUGCUGCUAAAAGCAGUUUAGAUCCAGUUAUAACCCUUCUGUUAGAUAAAACAUUUAAGAAAAGUCUUUAUGGCCUGUUUACAAAAUCCACACCAGAACAUCAAAAACGUGACGUUGAUAUUUCCACUGAAAUGGGAAGGAAUAUGGAAAGAUUUUAGUAACUAUAACUAUCAACAAACUGAUUUUAACUACCUAUGGCCAUGUUUUGAUAUGAAGUGGUAAAUAUUCAAAUAAAAUAAUAACAUUGUAUUUUUUCAAAUCAUCUUGCUUGCUACAUCAAUA